UAAAAUAAUUUCACUAGCUUUUAUCAUAAAACGUGAUGUAGAAAGGAUGAACACGCUACGUCAGCCGCCGCAAUGUCAUGCAGUGAUCUGCGGGGAACAAAUUUAGCCGCCCUCCAAAUGUAAACAAAAGAGCGAAAUGUCAAUUUUUAUUUUCAAAUAAUCUAACAACUGAUCGUGUGCGCUUCACUUCAUAGUUGUUUCGGUGUUUGUAUCUUAAUUUUUUCCAAACGCGUGUCUAAAAAAGUAUGUUUUCUCAAUCGUUGCAAUUGGGUGAUAAUACGUUUGAUGCAUUAGAAAGACAACACACGAAAUCACAUACACCACCAACUAAUCAACGAACAACAAGAUCGCAACGGAACAAAGUGUUGCAGCAGCAGAGCAGCACCGAAGAAGUGAUCGAAGAAUCACCAACAAACACAAAAUGUCCUGCCGAAUUAUCCCGGCAACGGAGCGUACGAGAAAGGUUGCAGAUUAUAUCGACACAGACCAGAGGGCGCAAAGCGAAAAAAAGAACUGAACAUCUACUUUCAGUAGGGCAGCAACAAUCAAGCGCUAAAAAUCGUACGGACGACAAAGAGAGUACGGGAUCCUCUAUACUUCGGAAGGAUAAUUUAUCAGAGUUGUUUAACAGUGACAUUCAGUUUAAUAUCGAUCAAUCUAGUCGAAGAACUGCUGUAAAACGAACAAAAAGUCCACUGCAGCAAAAUGCCGAUGUUGGUCCAUCUCCGGAGAAGCAACUUUCUGUUCGCCGAAGCGACCAAUUUGAAGAUCUUUUUCAAAACAGUGCCUUUUCGGUGGACACCGUUCGUAGUCAAUCAAUAGCGAUAUGUUCAAAUCAGAACGCCCGUAAGGAUGGCAGUUUUCAUACUCUUUUCGAUCAGAGCGAUUUUACCCUUGAUAAAGCUGAUGAGAUGGCGCCACCUGCAGAUGAUCAACACAAUCCGGCCAUUAUGACUGAAAGUGAGCUGGAGAUUUUUAGCGAAACAUUGUUCGAUCGUGCCAUCUCAAGUGAACCAGCUAUGGAUGAUCUGUUUGAGAAUAGUGAUCUUAUAGAAUCCCUACGCGUCGAUUCAGCGGAUGAUACGAUCGAGGAUGUGGCAAUCGACGUAGAAAAUGUUACUUUUUCCCAACCCCUAGCGUCGGCUAGUAUUGCUCUAGGUCAGGAAACAUCGGUCGAAAAUCGUCAUCAACAACAACAUACGGAAAUGGUCCAUUUUAUAGAAUCGGAAAUGGCCAAUUCGCUUCGUAACACCAAAGAAUCUUUACUGUCAGACACUAAUGCUAGCAGACACGACGAAAGUGGUCUAUUUUCCGAAAGUGGUAUGAAUCUUGGAAAAGACCGAAGCAAAUCUGUAGCUGAAAAGAAGACACUUUCUUGCAGUAUCACCCUGGAACAAUCGAAAGAUUUACGUUUGCUCGUCAAUUGGGGUUUACCUAGUUCGAUUACGAACGAGUAUGCAAGGAAAGGCAUCGUCGAACUGUUCCCCUGGCAAGUGGAAUGUCUAUCACGCAAAGAGGUAGUCCUGGAGGGCAAAAAUCUUAUCUACAGCGCACCUACUUCCGCCGGAAAAACGCUUGUGAGUGAGUUUCUGAUUGCCAAAACGAUUACCGAGCGAAAACUGAAAGUGUUGCUGAUACUUCCUUUCGUGGCCGUUGCGCGGGAGAAAAUGCUUUAUCUUAAGGACCUUCUUGAGCCAGGUGGAAUGCGCGUGGAAGGUUUUUACGGUGGAUACCAUCCACCCGGGGGAUUCGAGUCGAUUGAUCUUGCCGUCUGCACGAUCGAGAAAGCAAAUUCAAUUGUGAACCGCCUGCUGGAGCAGAACGCUCUAACCACCCUGGGACUUGUUGUGGUCGAUGAGGUGCAUCUCAUAUCUGACCCGUCGCGAGGCUACAUUUUGGAACUGCUGCUCACAAAAAUUCGUUUCGUUGCGGCUCGUUGUGAACAUCGUAUACAGAUUGUUGGUAUGUCCGCCACACUGCCCAACAUAGAUCUGCUUGCUCGGUGGCUAGAGGCGGACCUUUACCGUACCGACUUUCGGCCUAUUGCACUGGUAGAGAUGGUUAAGGUGGGAAACACAAUUUUUAGUGCCGCAGGUGAACCCAUCAGGAUGCUAAACGGUUCGGUGCUCGGAUACGUCGUACCAAAAGAUACGGACCACGUAGUGCUGCUUUGUCUCGAGACCAUUCUUGAAGGCUGCGGAGUGAUCGUUUUCUGUCCUUCGAAGGACUGGUGCGAACAGUUGGCAAUUUCGCUUGCCAGUACGCUCCACACACUGCGUAAGGAUAACCAUCCGCACGAAGCACUGCGGAGUGUAUUGCGCAAACACUUGGAUGGUGUGCGGCAGGAGGAGGUACUGCUGCAGCUUCGCAAUUGCCCGGCCGGGUUGGACAGUGUGCUGGAAAAAACCGUACGGUACGGUGUCGCUUUUCAUCAUGCCGGUCUAACGACAGACGAGCGAGACAUUAUUGAAGGGUCGUUUCGAGAUGGCGAACUGCGCAUUAUUGUGGCUACCAGUACCUUAAGCAGUGGGGUCAAUCUGCCUGCUAGACGUGUUAUCAUCCGUACACCUAAGUUCGGUGGUCGACCAAUGAGUUCAUUAACGUACAAACAAAUGAUUGGACGUGCUGGCCGUACCGGACGGGAUACGCUCGGUGAGUCCAUACUGAUAUGCAGCCCGGCAGAGGAGAAAAUUGGUCGGGAACUGACUGGGGCCGAUUUACCUCCGGUACGAUCAUGCUUAGACAGUGAAAACUAUGCUCACUUGAAGCGAGCGAUACUGGAAAUCAUUGCAUCGGGCAGCGCCACUACUUCCCAGGAGCUAGAAACAUUUGUCAAUGCAACAUUGUACAGCUGUGAUCGGGCGCAGCGUUUCACAGUAAACGAUGAACUGCUGCAGACAAAAUCGAUCAAACAAAAACAAAUGCCAGCCAGAGACGAGGUGGACCCUCACGACAGCAGUGAGGAACUGGAUCCAAUUGUUUCGUGCAUAUCGUUUCUGCUCGAAUAUGAAUUCAUUCGCCUUUUGCAACAAGAUCACGUGCAGGAUGGUAAUACCUCCCACAUUACCAAGCGAACCGUCCUCAAUGCUACCAGACUCGGUCAUGCCUGUUUAGCGGCGUCUCUACCACCGAAGGAUGGUUUUCUUCUCUUCAGUGAGCUACAACGAGCUCGGCAGUGUUUCGUACUGGAGUCGGAACUGCACGCUAUCUAUCUUGUGACACCGUACUCUGUUGCCUACCAGUGGCAACAGAUCGAUUGGAUGGAUUUUCUCGAUCUGUGGGAAAAGCUGCCUAGUGCUUCAAAACGCGUCGGUGAGUUGGUUGGUGUGAAGGAAUCGUUUAUGGUACGUGCGAUGCGUGGUGCCGCCAACCUGGACUAUCGCAGUCUGCAGAUACACAAACGCUUUUACACGGCGCUUGCGUUGCUCGAGCUGGUGAAUGAAGUGCCGCUCGGCAAUGUUGCUCACAAAUUUAAAUGCUGUCGUGGGUUGCUGCAAAGCCUACAGCAAGUUUCGGCCACGUUUGCUGGCAUUGUGACAUCGUUCUGUGCGUCACUCAAUUGGAAACUUUUACAGCUGCUGGUGGCACAAUUCCGUGAGCGAUUAUUCUUCGGUGUAGCACACGAGCUGCUCGAUCUGAUGCGCAUACCUUCACUGAACGGUCAACGUGCCCGACUGCUGUACGACGGUGGUAUUGUCGGGUUAGUCCAGUUGGCAAAUGCCGAUCGACUAACGAUCGAAACUAUCCUUCACAAUCGAACCAGCUUCGAGACUGAACGGGUGCGCGAGAACGAAAACGAAUACGAAGCGGAACGUCGGAAACGUUUGCGCAAUCUUUACCUUACCGGACGAUCCGGAGUAACUGUGGAGGAAGCGGCACGCCUGCUCAUACAGGAAGCGCGUAACUAUUUGCAGUUAGAGCAUGGGCUCGCAAAUCCAUACUGGUCACAGACGACAGAACCUGACCCGGUAACAAAGAGUGAAGAUGCAGAAAAAGUGGGACAAAUAGAACAGCAUCUUAAGGGCGAAGAAGAUCAUAAUCCUUCUUCUAGUAAGGCGAAAUCUGAAGAACAAACAUCCAGCCUUCUGUUGUCGCACGGGGAAUCAUCAAAUUCAACAAUAACGCACUUUCACAACUCUCUACUGAUGAGGAAUGAACGUGCGAGCAAGAAGAGUACCGACGUGCAUAACGAUAGCACCACUAGAAUAACAGUCGUUGAUGUCUGUAAAGAGCACAAUGUGUACGAACAGUUUCGUCAGCUUGUUGCCACACAAAAAUCUUUAACAAUCUCACUCGGUGUUGAACAAGAAGAAUCUCCUUCCGGAAUAGUAAGCAUAGGCGGACAUCUUCGAAACAUCGAACGUAUGACUAAGGCACGCGAUCGAUCAUAUGCGUUCACGUUUGAUGACAACCUUUACCUCGCUGGGAUGGCAAUGGCAAUGGAGGAUGCAUCGUCUACCGUAUAUUAUAUCGAUUUUCAGGACGACACGGUCAUAGAUAGGCAAGAAAAGGUGCGCUUUGUUCGCACUCUGUUCAGUAGGGAAGAAUUAACGAUUACGAUGCUCGACGUCAAAGAUCAGGUGAAGAUAAUUUAUCGGACAGGAUUAAUACCUGCCGCCGAGGGUGAUGAGCUGAUGAUCGCUACCUUUCAGGAUCCAAGGAUAGCUUGUUGGCUGCUGCAAACAGAUACCGAAACACUCACGCUUGAUGCUAUGAUUGAUCGACACUGUCCUUCACUGAAGCAUGCCGAAUUGAUGUGGACAGGAGAGCGUUGGGUUACGCCUAAGUGGACCGGUCAUGGUUUGAACCACCACAGCCCAAUCGAUGCAAAACAACGAAGCGCUGUUGAGUGCCUGCUCAUUAGCAAGCUGAUGCCAUGCAUAGGUAAGCGACUAGCAGAUAGCGGAGAUUCGCUUCCGGUCUGCUAUAGGUCACGCGAGAUGCCUGUCCAGCUGGCGCUGGCUCGUGCCGAAGUGAUCGGGUUUCCCGUCGAUCGCGAACGUUUGGGUUCGUUGAUCACACGCCUCAAAGCUUGUCGCGAUCGCAUCGCGGACGAAGCACGAAAACUUAAUGGUAAUCGUCGACUUGACUUCGGAUCUUCGCGUGCAGUUGCGAAAGCGUUGCAACUAGUCAGUGGCGAUCAGAAGCGUUGUCGCACGGUACGCCAGGUACUGGAGCGACUGGAAAGUCCUAUUGCGGCGCUCGUAAUUGCACAUCGCAAAAUAGAAAGCAACCUGUCCCGCACGAUCGAACCAUUGUAUCGGGUCAUACGUCCCGGAUCAGGGCGGGUACAUGGACGCAGUUUCUGCUUCACCUCUACCGGUCGUAUCACGAUGCACGAACCAAAUCUACAGACGGUGGUUAAGGACUUCACCGUACCACCCGGACUUGGAUUCGAUGCUAACGGUGAGCGCUUGUUCAGCUGCCGCAGCACGUUCGUUUGCGCGGACCCCGACCGCACAGUAUUGCUUUCGGCCGACUUUUGCCAGCUCGAACUGUGCAUUCUUACGCACCUGUCACAGGAUCGGCAGCUAAUGGCGGCACUGGGUGCUACCAAUGGAAGUGAUCGCACGGAAUGCAAAGACGUGUUCCGGGCGCUAGCGGCUUGCUGGAACCACUUCGAAAGCGAAUCGGAUGUGAGCGAAGAACUGCGAAACCGCACAAAGGCAAUCGUUUAUGGUGUAAUCUACGGUAUGGGCGUACGAUCGAUGGCAGCUGAAUUACAGCUCGAUGAGGAUGCGGCACGAACGCUGAUGGAACAAUUCCACUCCACCUACCCGGAGAUACGACGCUACAUCGAGCGUGUCAUACGAUUGACCCGUCAACUGGGAUACAUUGAAACGCUAACCGGACGGCGAAGGCAUUUGCCAGCCAUUUCCAGCGACAAUGCUCGCGAACGGGCGGAAGCAGAGCGUCAGGCGGUGUGCACCACAAUCCAAGGUUCGGCAGCCGACAUUCUAAAGAACGCGAUCGUGCGCAUGAGGCGUAAUUUGGGCAAAUAUCGAAAUGUAUUAGAUUUAGGCGAGAUCCGGCUAGUAUUGCACAUGCAUGAUGAACUGAUAUAUGAGGUUCCAGGCAAACAGCUACCCAAGGUAGCGAAAAUACUAAAAUCUAGCAUGGAGAACUGCGCCAAACUUAGCGUGCCGCUUAGAGUAAAGUUAAAAGCCGGCUCCAGCUGGGGUACGCUUAAAGACCUUUCGUUCUGACGAUAGUGAAACGAGCAGGGUAUUGGUCGGUAGAGUGCAUCAAGCCCUUACAAAGUAUUAAGCCCUUACAAAUACCACCAUUAAAGGUGCGAUCCAAAGCGUCAAGAAGUAGCAAUUAACAACCAAUUUAUUGUGAAUAAAACAAUUCCACCGUGAAAUGUUCUGCUAAUCAGAAGAGCAUUUGUUAACAGAUUUCUUAUUCUUAUAUGGUAGGGUAAGUGUACCAAUUGUUGUGCUAUCGUCGGAAAAAUGGAUAAUAUGAAAAAACCAGGAUGAUUUGCAGUCCCAAAAAAAUUUCUUCACAUUAAUUAACAGAUUUCCUUAUUUUCCCAUACGUUUCAUUAAUUUCAUAAGCUUAUUUUUCGAAAAAUCACGAUUUUUAGUUUUGCUGUCAAAAAAUCUGCAAUAUCUUAACGAUUGUCUAAAACAUGACCAUUUUUUUGUUUUCAAUUUUUAAUGAAACUAGAGCCCAAAAUCGACAUCAAAAAAUUUUAAAAACUGGUUUAUGGCUCACGUAAGCUAGAACCACAUCGUUUUUGAUAAUUAAAUCAUACGAAAUACAUUAUUUAUCGUAUUCAAAAAUAGCACAACAAUUGGUGUAUGGAAAACCGGAAUGCACCAAUUGUUGUGCUAUUUUCAUGUUGGUUGUUUGUGCUGUCGUAAUUCACUGAUAAACAAAGUGCGUGUAUUGGAGAUAAGCAUAUUGACUUUCGGCAACCUUUAUUUUGUUAAAAUGAGUAAAUUAAACAAUAAUAACAGAAUUAUUACAUUGUUUAUUCACUACAAAAAAAACUAGUUUUAACUGAUACUUUGCACACACAGCCUACUGCCAUCAUUUUAUGCUGACUUCACAAAUUUCUGUCAAAUCAAACCAAAAUUUGCCUUUCUAAACCACGAUUUUAAAAUCAGUAAAAAACGUGUUUAUUCUAUAUUUUUGAGUGAUAUUAGUUAUCACAAGUUCCUAAAAAACAUUAAGUUUCCUUAUUAUACCCAUUAGCU